GUCAUUGUCAGUGAGGCGAGAUCCGUCCUGCUUCUCUGGUUCUGAUGGGAGAAAGCUUGUUUUGUCACAGACAGCUUCUUAUGACCACUGCAGCCAGACCUCCAAACAUGAGAUCACUGCAUCAAGGAGCCAGUCCUCACAGGAGAUGGAUGCACCAGCGGGUGGGUGUUCCUGUUCGCGAUCCUCAACACCCUCCCCGUGUUGGUAUCCGCCUCCCCGACCCAGCCACCGCUGGGGCAACAUCCCAAAACAUCCCAAAAUGCAGUGUUCCAAAACGUGACCAACCAGCCUUCACCUCCUCCCCAGCAGAGCCUCGACCCUGCCGCUGUGAGCAGCCUGCAGGAGCAGAUCCAGUCAUUGGGCUCAGAGCUGAGAAGUUUGGGCCUGGCAUUGAGGAUGAUGGUGGAACAACAAGGCCGACUGGAGAGAGAACAAGCCCAGCAGACUCAAGUCCAGAAGCAGAUCCCCAGCACUCUGCAGGAUCUCGCAUCCAGAUUCGAGCCUUUGCAGUCCACAUCUGCUUCAGCAUCUUGUUGGUUGGUCUCCCCUGCGCCCUUCGGCAAGACCGCAACCAGCCAGGGUGCCUAUGCUCAGUGCAGCCAAGCCCAGACGCAACGAGAUCCACGAUUCUGGUCUCAAAAGCAUCGAGGUGUUCUCCCUGGACCAGUUCAGCCCACCCACCAUGAACGGGUUUCAGCAGUGCCCAACCUCCAGCGGGCCCCCUAUUACAGGCGCGCACACCAAUGUUCACACAGACCUACACGAAAACAUACUCGCCCAGAACGCUCCUGUAUGCACAGCCGCACACAGACUUCUUUACAGGGAUGGAUAGUAAAUCAGUAGACAUGCCCUCCACCAGUGCAGAUGGAUCAUUCCAGGCAUGCGGCCCUCCUAACCAGUCCUCUAGUCAUCCAGUUUCACCGCAUGAGCCUGAGCUGAACAUUAUUGAGGCGGAGAAUGUCUGAGAAAUGACUGAAAUCUGGAUUUCAGUGUCCAAAUACUUUGGGCUACAGUGUAUUUUAUUGUACAGAACUCUUUUAGCCUCCCAGAGAAACAAAGAAACUUAUACCAAGUAAAAGAAAAUUCCCCUGUUUUCCGUUUUAUUUUAUUUAAUACAGUAAUUUUGCCUUUUUGUAUAAAAAGGAAAUAAAUAUCACAGUAGACAUAGUUUGUGCUGUUAUCUUUGUAUUUUUGAAUUUAUGUUUAUUUAAGCACAGGAUCAAACCACAGUAUCUAUAGAAAUGUGUAGUAAAUACAGUAAUUGGUUGGGAAAACACAAACCUGAAAACAGUUAAUUGAGUAACACAGUAUAUGAUGCAAAAA